GUUCUCAAGCCUAUAGCUCGGAGAGUUGACGAGCUAUCAGCCCGUCGAUUACUUUGUUUGUAACUCGUUUACAUUGUGUUGUAGCCCGUCCUUUAGUGCCUCGGCACCGAUAUAAUAAAGAGAACUUCGACCCUCCCUUGACCGAACUAAACAUUCUAAUUGUGACCAAAAGGGACAUCAACAAUCACAUUCCUCAGUUUCCAAAGAGACACGAGCCACAAGUUCACGGAUCGUCUCUAUGAAGCGCUCGUCAAGGAACAGGUCCGGGUUUGGAACGAUGAUGUGGAAGGAGGGGAUCAUGAUGAGCUACGACCUAGUCUCGUGGAGGCUAUAGAGGACUCGGUGGCUUUUGUCGUAGUCUUAUCCCCUAAUUACGGUAACUCUCACCUGCGCCUCGAAGAAUUAGCUAAGCUAUGCGAUCAGAGAGCAUCUCUGAAACGUCUGGUGUUGCCGAUCUUUUAUGAGGUCCAACCAUGGGAAGUUCGGACACAUGAUGACGGUCCUUUCAAAAAAGUUUUUGAAGAUCUUUCGAAAACAUUUGGUGAGGAGAAGAUACAACGAUGGAAAAAUGCUAUGACUUUAGUCGGAAAUAUCUCCGGAUUGAUUUACGGACAAGAGACUGUUCAAGAAGAUGACAAGGAUGGCAAAAACAGAAAGAAAGUAGAUGACAUGAUUGAGCAGGUGGUAAAAGCGGUUUUAGCUAAAGUGAGGAAUACGCCAGAGAAAGUGGCAGACUACACUGUUGGGCUGGAAUCAUCUGUGAAGGACUUGAUGGAUCUGUUGGACAUCGAAUCCAGUUCUGGCGUUCAAGUCCUGGGGCUUUACGGUAUGGGUGGUAUUGGCAAGACGACCCUCGCAAAAUCCUUCUACAACAAGAUCAUUGUCAACUUCAAGUCUCAUCGAGUUUUCAUCGAAAGUGUUAGGGAAAAAUCAUCAGACCAAGAUGGUUUAGUCAAUCUACAAAAAACUCUCAUCAAGGAACUUUUUCGUUUGUUACCUGAAAUAGAAGAUGUUAACAGAGGCCGGGAAAUAAUAAAACGAAAUGCUCGUGAAAAGAAGAUUCUUGUUGUUUUGGAUGAUGUUGAGGACGCAGACCAGGUUGAUGCCUUGGUUGGUGAAACUGGAUGGUAUGAUGAAGGAAGCGUUAUAGUCAUCACUACCAGAGAUGAAGAGGUUCUGAGUAGGCUCGCAGUGAAACUACGAUAUGAGGUCAAGUGCUUGACUGAGAUGGAGGCAUUGAAGCUGUUUAGUUUCUAUUCACUACGUAAAGAAAAACCACCAACACAGAGUUUAUUGGACUUGUCCAAGAAGAUUGCCGAGGCGACGGGGCGUUUGCCACUGGCUGUUAAACUGUUUGGUUCUCAUCUGUAUGACAAGGACGAAGACGAAUGGCAAGUUGAACUAGAGAAGCUGAAGCAUACCCAGCCAGACAAACUUCAUAGUGUUCUGUCUCUGAGUUUCGAAUCUUUAGACGAUGAACAGAAGAAGAUAUUCCUUGACAUUGCAUGUCUCUUUCUCAAAAUGGAAAUAACGAAAGAAGAAGUUGUCGACAUACUGAAAGGAUGUGGGUAUCACGCUGAGGUUGCCCUCAGUGUCCUCACACAGAAGUCUCUCCUUCAGAUCAUGAAAGACGAUACUCUGUCGAUGCAUGAUCAGAUCAGAGACAUGGGUAGGCAGAUGGUCCUUAAAGAAAGCGGCGAUGAUCCUGAAAUGCGGAGUAGACUUUGGGAUCGUGGUGAAAUAAUGAACGUAUUGGACUAUAUGAAGGGAACAACAUCCAUCCGAGGAAUCGUGUUUGACUUCAAAAAGAAGUUUGUAAGGGACCAUACUGCAGAUGAAAUUGUGUCGACGAAUCUACAGAACAAUCAGGGCAGGAAGUCCAUGUUUGAGUCACUGAAGAAUAUGUUUAUAAGACUUCCAGUACAAGAAAAGCCAAAAAUUUCUGAAAUCACCAUUCCCGUAGAGCCUUUUGUACCAAUGAAGAAGUUGAGACUUCUUCAGAUUAACACCGUGGAACUGGAAGGAAAUCUUACACUCCUCCCAUCUGAACUCAAGUGGAUACAGUGGAAAGGUUGCCCAUUAGAAAUACUUCCUCCGUAUUUUCUUGCUAGGCAACUUGCUGUUCUUGAUCUUUCAGAGAGUGGAAUAAGAGAAGUCCAGAGCGAGUUCCUCAAAAGGGAGGACAAGUACUUGAAGGUUGUAAAUUUGCGUUGUUGCCACAGCUUAGAAGCCAUUCCUAAUUUAUCAAACCAUAAAGCCUUAGAGAAGCUUGUUCUUGAGCGAUGCAACCUCCUGGUGAAGGUUCCUAGAUCAGUUGGUAGUCUGAAAACAUUACUUGAGCUGGACCUCAGAAACUGUUCAAAUCUUUCUGAAUUUCUUGUCGAUGUUUCUGGACUGAAGCGUCUUGAAAAACUUUUCCUCUCUGGCUGUUCAAAUUUGAAAGUGUUACCAGAAAACAUCGGUGCCAUGUCAUGCUUGAAAAAGCUUCUUCUGGAUGGUACUGCGAUAAAGAAGUUACCAGAAUCUAUACUCCGUCUCCAAAAUCUUGAAAAGCUUAGUCUAAGAGGUUGCGUAUCUUUCCAAGAGCUACCUUCGUGUUUAGAAACAUUGACAUCACUGGAGAAGCUAUAUCUCGAUGAUGCUACUGAACUGCAAAAUCUUCCGAGUUCUAUUGGAGAUCUGAAAAAUCUCCAGAAGCUGCAUUUGAGGCGAUGCAUAUCCCUUUCUGAGAUUCCUGACACUAUCAAUGAGCUCGUAUCAUUGAAGGAACUAUUCAUCAACGGAACUGGGGUGAAGGAGCUACCUCUAAGAUCAGGCUCUCUAUCACGUUUGACUGACUUGUCAGUAGAAGGUUGCCAAUCUCUGAAACAGGUUCCAAGCUCAAUUGGUGGAUUACAUUCUCUUCUUGUACUUCAGUUGAACGGAACACCAAUUGAAGCUUUACCAAAAGAGAUUGAUGGCUUCCACUUUAUUCACCAACUUGAGUUGAGGUAUUGCAAAUCUCUGAAGGUUCUGCCUGGAUCAAUUGGACAUAUGGACACACUCCGUAACUUAUACAUUGAAGGCUCUAACAUUGAGGAACUACCGGAAGAGUUUGGCAAGCUGGAAAACCUUGUCACACUCCGAAUGAACAAGUGUAAAAUGCUCAAGAGGCUUCCUAGCUCAUUUGGUAACUUGAAAUCUCUUCAUCAUCUGUACAUGGAAGAAACUUCGAUCGUAGAGUUGCCAGAAAGUUUUGGUAACCUCUCAAAGUUAAUGGUAUUGAAAAUGCUGAAGAAGCCUCUACAUAGAAGUGAUGCACCAGGUACAACAAACAAAGAACCUCAUUUUGAAGAAUUACCAACUUCUUUCUCAAACCUCUUGUCGCUUGAGGAACUGGAUGCUCGUGGUUGGGGGAUAUACGGUAAAGUCCCAGAUGUUGAGAAAAUGACGUCUCUAGUGACACUGAACCUGGGGAAUAAUUAUUUUCACAGUCUCCCGUGUAGUCUCAAGGGGUUAUCAAAUCUCAGAGAACUUUCAUUGUAUGACUGCCAAGAGCUCACUUGUCUUCCCCCUCUUCCAUGUAAACUGGAGAAACUAAACCUGGCAAACUGCUUCUCGUUGGAGAGUAUGUCCGACCUUUCAGAGCUGACGAUCUUGCAUGACCUCAAUCUCACAAACUGUGUGAAACUGAAUGAUGUUCCAGGCCUAGAGGAGUUGACGGGUCUGAAACGAUUAUACAUGAGCGGCUGUAACUCCACCUGCUCCACUGAAGUAAAGAAAAAACUUUCUAAGGUUUCUUUGAAAAUGCUGCAGAAUCUUAGCUUGCCUGGAAACAGAAUCCCGGAAUGGUUCUCACAAGGCCCUGUCACAUUCACAGCUCAACCGAACAGAGAGCUCAGAGGCGUUAUCCUGGCUGUUGUUGUGGCUCGUAAACAUGAAACCGGAGGUGACAACCAGCUGUCUGAUGUGGUGGAGGUUCGAGCGCAAAUUCUCCAACUUGAUCUCAAGCACAAAUAUUCCCACACAUUGCACUUGUGUGGAGUGCCUAGAACAAGUGAUGAUCAACUCCACAUCUGCCGAUACUCAGCUCAGCACCCAAUGGUUACGAUGUUGAAAGAUGGCUACACCAUACAGGUGAUCAAACCAGAAGAAAAUUUCAAACAAGUUGAGAUGAAGAUGCAUGGAAUUCAUCUGGUUUACGAGGGGGAUGAUGAUAUUACAGGAAAUGAAAAUCGCUUAUCCGAGGCACUGCAAACCGUUUCUCAUAAACUUGCCAACUUUUUCAAAGAAGGUGAAACGAGCUUAGAUGUUAAUUCUACCGUUACAUGAACUGCUAGUCUCUGCUACCCUAGAGAAGUUAAGAAAACUGGACACUGACUGUUGCUCAAAUUGUCCCGCUCGAUACUGCAACAAAUGGUACUACUGUCCUAUGUCCGUCUCUUUCUUGUUUAUACGGAUCAGUGUCCAAGAAUGUUGCGUUUCUUUUCUCAACUUUGCAUAAUAAUGACAGUAGGAGCAUAUAUGUAAAAUGUACUUCUACAUAUAAAAAAAGAUGAAAUGGAAACCAAAUUUGUAUA